UUUUUCAGAAAUCCCUUCAAUUUUGAUGUAAAAUACGAUGCUAAAAGACAGCUGUAGUGCGAUUCCGUAACUCUUAACGAUGCAUUUGUCGAGUUGUUAAUUAAAGAUUUUUGUCGUUGGCAUAAACGAUUAUUCGAUUCACUAACUCAUCCCUAACUACACUGAACAGCUGACUUUUUCCAUUUAUUCAAAUUGAUAAAAAGUGGCAUCUCCGCUGUUCGAAAUGUCAAAAUGUGCGAAAAGCACAAAGAGGAACAGAAAAAAAACAAUCCCAUUUCUUCGCGCCACUAAUUUGCGUCCAUAUAUUGCAGCAAAGGUAACUAUAUUUUGCUAUUUAUUUAAUUAAUAUGUAUAAGAACUUACUUUCUUCUUAUUUAUAAUUUCAGAAUGGCGUCUACCAGUGGAGCAGCAGCUAAAAGGAGUCGAGCAUCAGCGGAGCAGCUCAACGCUAUGAUCGACCUUCUGACGGAGAACGAAGGGCUUGCGUCCGGAAAGUUCCAGAGUCUCCACGGAAAGCUGGAGUACCAGAAGAAGUGGGCAGAAAUGGCGCAAAAGCUCAACGCAAUGGGAGGAGCUGUGAAGUCAGUGGAACAAUGGCAUACCGUCUGGCGCGAUUUAAAAAGCCGUAUAAGCGUACGCGUACGUGACCGGAAGAGGCAGCAGGCUCUAACAGGCAACAGGCCGAUCGACCAGCCGCCUUUAACGGAUAUGGAGAGGCGCGUAAUUCCUCUGAUUGGGAGCAACUACAUCGAGGGUCACGAAGCGGUGCCCGAUAAUGUGCCAUUGGAAGAGGAGCUGCAAUUGGCCAUGGAGGAUGGGGAGGAAAUUCUCUUCCAUGCAGUGACGUCGGCAUCAGAGUUUGGUGCCGACAGCGAGGUGCAGGCCAGAACAGCUAAAAGUUCUGCGCAGACACCGCGUAGGGGUUUGAAGAGGAAGCGGACGGAAGAAGAGAGCGAUGCCCAGAAAAAAUUUCUGGAAAUCGCUGAAAAGCAAGCCGACGUCUUGAAGAUGGUGGCUGAAAAUAGUACGAGGCAGACAGAUGUCUUGAAGGUGAUGGCCGAAAACAAUGCAAGGCAGACGGAGGCGACGCUUGCGAUGGCUCAGGCUAUGACCGUCGUUGGAGAAGGGAUGAAAGCCUGUGCCGAGGCUUUUCAUCGACUCUCGGCUACUCUCGGCAAUCAGUAAAUAGUAGUAUUUUAAGUAUUAAGAAAUGUAAAUAGUAGUUUUAAGAGUUAAGUUUAUAGUUUUUCUUUUCAUUUUCAAAAUGAAUUAGUUAUUUGUUCCUUUAAUGUUUUAAAUGAAUUAAUUAUUUUGUACCUGAUUGAAGUAUGUACCUUAAGUUUUAAAAAUAUACAGGCUUGGCCAAAAGUAUUAGGCACAACAAUGUAGCACGAUUUUUAAAAUUUUUCUUUUGUUUUUUUAAUGUUUAUUAUUGUUUUAUAAAAGC